AUGUCCAGAAAAUCAGUGAAAUACCUGACUGAGAAGAAAAUACAAGAGCUUCUGUUCAGGGAAAACAGUGAUGAAGAUGUUGAUCAUGUGGAAGCAGAAGUGAUGUAUGACAGUGACAGUGAUAAAGACUACAUACCAGAACCAAGUGAUGAUGAUGAUGAGGAUGAUAGUGAUGGCACUGAGCCCAGCACUUCAAGUCAUAAGAGAAAAAAAAUACAACACCAUGAUUGUGAUAGCCCUACCACCAGACAAAUGGCCACCCCAGGACCUGUUGCCUCUACCUCUACAGCCCAUCCAACUUUCCUUGCUGCAACUCAAGCUAUCCCUGCCACACCUAAUGCUGGUCGCAGAGGAAGAAGACGACAUCAUGAGGAUAAGGAUGAUGGCGUGUCAUUUGUUGUGAGAUUUGAAAACAGCUCCUACAGGAGUACCUCUGGUUUCCAGUGGAGUUGUCAGCCUCAGACAUCAGCUACAACCAGGACAGCGGCACGGAACGUUAUGCCUGCUUUUACACCAGGUCCAACACACGAAGCAUCAAAUGCUGACACCCCUGAGAAGAGCUUCACAUUAUUUGUUGAGGACCAAAUCAUUGACGAAAUCGUGACAUGGACAAACAUCCAUAUUGUUGCUGUUGCUGCAAAAUAUUUGAAGAGAACAGCUACAAUUGGAUCCACUCACAAGCCUGAAGUGAUUGAAUUUUACAACCAAACGAAGGGUGGUGUUGAUACGUUCGACCAGAUGUGUGCUCACUACAGCUGUUCAAGAAAAACCAAGAGGUGGCCACUGUGUGUGCUAUAUGGCAUGAUGAACGCUGGUGUGAUAAACUCAUGGAUCAUUCUCAAGGAGAAUGCCUUAAGGAGAGGUGACACACCAAUGAGGAUGCAUGUAAGGCAUAAGUUAUCAGUGAUGCAGGAAGACUGUGCCUUUACCAGACAGGCCUCACAUGUCCCAGGAAUAGGGGGAAUAGUUCCCAGCAGCACUAUUUUUUUUGUUAGGACAUUACCUGUUAAGGAUUACCUGAUUUUCCAAUAA